AUGGCCGCGAUCUUUGAUUCUCUUAUCUUCAUCGUCUCGAAGGGGCUGAACACCUUUGGGCUCGGGACCCCGAGCACGGGCAAGUCAGAUGGCGAGCUCACAGUGGUUGACAGCCGGACGUCCAAGUCCUACACUAUUCCCAUCACCGAUAAUACCGUCAAUGCCAUUGAUUUCCGCCACAUCUCCACGCUGGGGUUGACGGCCAGCCCUCUCGAGCGAUAUGAGCAUGGCAUGCGCAUCCAGGAUCCGGGGUUCCGCAAUACAAUCGUCUGCGAGUCAUCCAUCACAUACAUUGACGGGUUGAAGGGCAAGAUUCAAUACCGAGACCGAACGCUCGACGAGCUUAUGGAGCACAACGAUUUUGAAGACGUAGCUUUCUUGCUCAUCUGGGGUCAACUCCCCUCCGCUGCGGCCAAGGAGAGCUUUCGACUGAAGCUGGCAGCCCGAGCAAAUCCGCCCGCGGGAGUCGAGGAGACGAUCCGAUCCUUUCCCCGCGACGCCCCAUAUCACCUUCCCAUCAUCGCCGGCUUGUCAGCCUGGGCGGCCGCCAACCCUUCCACCAUCCCCAUCUUUGCAGGGAAGGAGCUUUAUCUCGGAAAGCCGGAGGCUGUCGACGAAGGGGUUUUGACGGCGUUCGCGGCCAUUGUCACGGUCACAGCCCUGACUUACUGCCACCAACGCGACCGCAAGUUCACCCGGCCGGACCCCAACGCCUCUGUCGUGGAGAACAUCCUCCGGAUGAUGGGGGCGGGAAUCGACGAGACGACCGGCCGACCGCUCGACAAGAUGGUGCGCAUCCUGAACAAGCUGUGGAUCAUCUACGCGGACCACGAGAUGACCAACUCGACCGCGGCCGCCAUGCACGUCGGCUCGACGCUGGCGGAUCCCCUGGCGACUCUCAUCGCGGGCGCCAGCGCCGGCUCCGGGCCCCUCCACGCCGGCGCCAUCGACCUGGCCUACAAGAACUUCCAGCGCAUCGGCACCAAGGCGAACGUGCCGCAAGUGAUUGAGGACGUGAAGGCCAAGAAGUACCGGCUCUUCGGGUACGGCCACCGCAUCUACAAGGCCAUCGAUCCGCGGGUGAAGCAUCUGAGGAAGAUGCUGGGUGAGCUGCAGGUGGACGAGCACACGACGCCGGAGCUGGCGGUGGCCAUGGAGAUUGACCGCAUCGCGGCCACCGACCCCUACUUCACGUCGAGGAAUCUCAACGUAAACGCCGACCUCUACGGUUGCUUUGUAUUCUCUGCGAUGGGCUUUGAGUCGGAUAUCAUUACGGCGCUGAUGCUGUCGGCUCGCGCGAUUGGAGGCAUGGCCCACUGGCGGGAAAUGAUGGGCAAGCCGGCAAACAUCUGGCGGCCGCUUCAGCGCUUCACCGGAGAGGUAAUUGGACCGUGA